AUGCGUCUUAACAGAGAAUUACAAACAAUACUCAAGAUACAAAAGUCUACGCCCCUCCACGAACUAGGAUGGUACAUCGAUGAAGCUCUCGUUGAUAACAUCUACCAGUGGAUCGUCGAGCUACACUCUUUUGAUUCCACACUUCCGCUGGCUAAGGACCUUAAAGAAUCUGGUCAAACAAGCGUUGUCAUUGAAAUUCGCUUCGGAAAAGAAUAUCCUCACAGUCCUCCAUUUGUACGCGUUGUGAAGCCACGAUUUUUGCCAUUUAUAUAUGGCGGUGGCGGUCACGUAACAGCCGGUGGAGCUUUGUGUAUGGAGCUGUUGACAAAUACUGGCUGGAGUGCCGUUUCUUCGAUUGAAUCUGUUCUCUUGCAGGUCCGCCUUGCACUUAUGAGUACCGAACCAAAACCUGCACGCCUGGAACGCAGAGGUAAAGAGCAACAAGGUGAGUACGGAACCCAGGAGGCUAUGGCAGCUUUUAUUAGGGCUUGUAAUAUGCACGGAUGGGAGAUACCUAAGGACUUCCAAGACUUUGCUGCAAUGCCGGGAUCUAGUCGUUCUUGA